AUGGCCUCCGACACUGCCGCGACACCAGAGAAGAGGGAGGAGGCGCUCCCUCAACCAGUCCUUGCCAGGGAGUCUCGCGACACCAUCGUCGAGACCGCCCAACUAUGGACCAGCCCUCGGACGGUCUUCUCCAAAGCGCACCUCAUGGGCUCCGUUGACCCCGCCCAGUCCACAUUCCCCCUGGCCGCAUACUGCUUCAUGACCGGUUUCAUCGACUCGGUGUCCUUCACCGCCAUCUUCGUCUGGUGCGGUUUCCAAACCGGCAACUUCGUCCAGCUCUCCCUCGCCCUCGCCCGCCUCUUCGGCGGCCCCCCAGGCGACCGCGACACCACCUUCCACCUCGCGGACCAGCAGGCGCUCUGCUCCAUCCUCAGCUUCCUCCUCGGGGCCUCGCUCGGGCGCAUCGGCGACAAGAUGGGCGCAAAGACGCGCGCGUGGCUCUCGCUCGGCACUUUCAUCCAGGCCCUUCUCACCAUGGCCGCCGCGAUCGCCGCGUGGCAGAGCGGGCAGGGGAGCGUCGCGGAGGUCCGCGGAGAGCCGGCGUGGACGAAUGUGCUCACGUUCGUCGCGAUCGGCUUCAUGAGCGCGAGCCUCGGCCUGCAGGGGAUCAUGGGCAAGCGCGUGAACACGCAGUUCACGACGACGAUUGUGCUCACCACUGUCUGGUGCGAGCUCAUGGCCGACCCGAAGCUGUUCGACUUCCGCCGCAAGAUCAUCUCCCGCGACCACAAGAUCAUCGCCAUCCUCGCCCUCUUCCUCGGCGGCUUCACCGGCCGCGCGAUCAUCGACGUCGUCGGCGCCGCGUCCACGCUCGGCGUCGGGACCGGCAUGCGCACGCUUAUCGCGAUCUGGUGGCUCUUCGUCCCGAGCAAGCCCGUCAAGGCGUAG